GCAAGGUACCCUUUGAAAAGUCACUUGACUAACUUCUCUACAACCUUCCUACGCGGUGGAAUGACCAAAUUAGAACUUGCCCAAGUGAAACUCUAAUGCUUACUUUUCCAAUCCCUCAGCAUAAACGCGACACGCCUCCUAUCAUUCCAAGCUGGGCGUAUCUAUAAAUAUGCAACUCCUACAAACACUUUUCCCCACAACCCCACUACCAUUCUGCAAAAUGGCACCACUCCUACUACUCGUACUCACCCUCUCCCUCUCCCCCCUCAUCCAGCCCUCCCAUUCCGCCGGAAUUGCCACCUACUGGGGCCAAAACACCGACGAAGGCACCCUCGCCGAUGCCUGCAACACCGGAAACUACCAGUUCGUCAACCUAGCAUUCCUUAACGUGUUCGGCAACAACAAAGCCCCGAGCCUAAACCUUGCAGGCCACUGUGACCAAGCCUCGAACACCUGCACCAUGUUCAGCUCCCAGAUCAAGGCCUGCCAGGCUAAGGGCAUCAAGGUCCUCCUGUCCCUCGGCGGCCAACUCGGGGACUACUCCCUCUCCUCCGCCGACGACGCAAAUACCGUUGCCAACUACCUUUGGAACAGCUUCCUCGGGGGGCAGUCCACAUCCCGCCCCUUUGGGGACGCUGUCCUCGAUGGCAUUGAUUUUGAUAUCGAGACGGGCACGGGCCAGCAUUGGGACGAGCUCGCCCGUGCCCUGAAGGGCUUCGGCCAGUCCGUGCUCUUGGCCGCAGCCCCACAGUGCCCAUUUCCGGACACCAACCUCACCAGUGCCAUCGGCACCGGGCUUUUCGACUACGUGUGGGUGCAGUUCUACAACAAUGGGCAGUGUCAGUACGCAGCCAACAACGCAAGUAAUCUGUUGAGCAGGUGGAGCCAGUGGGCGUCGAUCCCGGCCGCCCAGGUGUUCCUGGGCGUUCCGGCGGCGGCGGAGGCGGCGCCCAGUGGUGGGUUUAUCCCGGCCGAUGUUCUGACUUCUCAGAUUCUUCCGUCUAUUAAGAGUUCUGCCAAGUAUGGAGGGGUGAUGGUUUGGAACAAGUUCUAUGACAAUGAUUACAGUUCAUCCAUUAAGGGCAAUGUCUGAUUAAUUGAUUAAUAGUGUUCUUGCUUAUUAUCCUUAUAUUAUUAAGUGAUUUUGAAUAAUUGACAUAUGGAUUGAUCUUGUGGGGAAUUUCGUAGUUACCCACGGAAUGUGAGUUGUGGUUCUGAUCACCAUAUGAAGUCGAAGGCUUGAAGCUCGGAAAUAAUUAUUAGUUAAUGUAUGUGUGUAUGUAUUAAUAAUGUAAUUCAAGGGGAGCAUUUUAUA